CGCCCACAUUUUUCUCACAUGCUCCUCUGUCCACUCUGCCGCGUUGUUUGGUUAAAUUCGCUUUUAAUCUGUGUAGUUUACACCUGUGUGAUGCAGAAGGGCGUCUUAUGGGGUCUGAAAAUGCUUUUGUCCUCAUGACACGGCGACAUAGAUACUUUAAACUGAACUUUUCCUCGGUGGACAUUGAGAUACUUAGCUUGUAGUGCUAACAGUGCUUAGUACUUUAGGGAGAAUGAAGUCUGCCGGUGAGCACGCCACCGUCAUGGACAUGUUUGAAAAAGGGAAAGUCCUGAAAAUCUGCGCCCCUAUGGUCCGGUAUUCAAAACUUGCCUUCAGGUCGUUGGAGAAGUACAACUGUGAUAUCUGUUUCACCCCGAUGAUAGUUGCUGCAGACUUCCUGCGCUCGAUUAAAGCCAGAGACAGUGAGUUCACCACCAACCAAGUGAAUGACCGGCCCCUCAUUGUGCAGUUUGCUGCACAUGAUGCUCAGACUCUGGCGGAUGCAGCCUGUGUGGUGGCGCCGUUCUCCGAUGGUGACCUGAACUGUGGCUGCCCUCAGAGAUGGGCGAUGUCAGCUGGCUAUGGUGCCUGCCUCAUCAAUAAACCUGAGCUGGUUAAAGACAUGGUCAGACAUGUCAGAAACCAGGUGGACAAUCCCAACUACACAACUUCUAUCAAAAUAAGAAUUCACAAGGACUUGGCGCGGACAGUGGACCUGUGUCAGAAGGCCGAAUCAGCUGGUGUGUCAUGGAUUACUGUCCACGGCCGUACAGCGGAAGAGCGCCACCAGCCAGUCCAUUAUGAUGCCAUAAAGACCAUCAAGGACAGCGUGUCCAUUCCGGGCAUUGCUAACGGAGACAUAAAGUACCUGCGAGAUGUGGAGGCCACUCACCAGCUCACUGGUGUGGACGGAGUGAUGGCUGCUCGGGGUUGCUGGCAAACCCCCAUGUUUGCCGGUUAUGAGGAAACCCCUCUGGAGUGCAUAUGGGACUGGGUGGACAUCUCUGUGGAGCAGGGCACUCCGUUCACCUGUUUCCACCAUCAUCUCAUCUACAUGUUGGAGAGGGUUAGCUCCCCUGAGAGAAAAGUCUUUAAUUCUCUGUCCAGUACCUCAGCUGUCAUCGAUUACCUUCAGAGCACGUACGGCUUACAAACAGGAAGAGCAAGUUUGCUUCAGAGGAAAGAGUUGGGCAGUUUUUCGCAUUCGGUAAAGAUGUCAUUGCAGUGGACUGCAGUGGCGUUCUUCCUCUAUGGGAGAUCGCCCUCAUCCUUCCUCUGUUUACCCUUCAUCUCAGCCAAAAGAUGUGCAGCGUGUAUCCACCUGAAGGUCUGGAGCUGGAUGUCCAGAUUCUGGAAUAAAGUGUUUCUCACCAUGAUCAUAAUACUCAUUGUUCUCUUCCUCGAUGCCGUUCGUGAAGUGAGGAAGUAUUCAGGUAAACAAGCUAGUGCCGAUGCCAAGCUACAGCCGAACAUGGUUGACCAUCUGCACAUGAAGCUGUUCAGGGCACAGAGGAACCUCUACAUCUCCGGCUUUGCCGUCUUCCUGUGGCUGGUGAUGAAGCGUGUGGUCACCUUAAUCAACCAACUGGCAUCAGCCUCUGCGACCACGGCUGCAUUUCAGGCGCAGGCUGAUAGCGCUAAUCAAAAUGCUGAGAAGUGCUCGAAGGAGAAUGAGCGGCUUAAACAGACUCUGAUGGAAGGGAAAGGUGACAAGGCUACCGAGGAGGGCAUGGAGCUGUUGAGGACGGAGGUGCAGAAGCUGAAAGGAGAGCUGAAGACCUCGGCGGACACUCUGACGAACUCUCAGUCGGAGGCGGAGAACAUGAAGAAGCAGAUGGACAGCCUCGCCUUGGAGUACGACAGACUGCUGAAAGAGCACCAGGCGCUCCAGAAUCUUCAAGAGAAUUUGAAUAAAAAGGACGACUAGUUUUUUUUUUUCUUUCUUUUUUUUAAAUCUGUGAAUGUUUGACGUGUUGACAAUACAGCAGCUAAACGCAAACACAAAGGAGCCACUGAAACGUAUACGUC